AAUGAAAAGUGAUAAAGACAAUUUUAACUCGAUCAUCAAUUAAUUUUAUGGAUCGAAAGUUAUAGAAGAAUUGCCAGAAGAGGAACGUCAAUUUGAACUAGUUAUACAAUAACCUGAUUAAACAUUAAUUCAAAAGAUGCUUGUAUAAUCAAUUUACAUUCCUUUACUUAGGACGAUAGUUUUUAGAAGAGAUAAGAGUUUGUUUAGAAUGCUGAAUGCAAAGAUUAUUCUCAAAUGCUAAUAAUCUCAUAAAUUAGAAUGGACUUUACAAAUGAUGAUCCAUUUCUUAAACAUUUAAUGAAUGUCGAAAAAGCUAUUAAAAAGGCAAUUAGAAACAUUCUUUUGUAAUUGUCAAAAAUAGACAACAAAUAGCAAUUCAAAGAUGCUUGUGAUAAAUUAAUAAAGAUUUUUUAUUAAGAUAUAAAUAUUGGAUUUAUAACAUCAACAGGAUAAAUCAAAUCUACUGCCUAUGCUUUUAUAUCUAAAUCAAUAAUUGAAUUAAUUAAUAGAAAGAAAAUCAAUUUACAAUUUAAAAAGAUUCCAUUAAAAAUAACAUUGACAUUUUUCGCUAUUGAAUCAUUGUAACAGAUCCAUUCUAUACAAAAACAAUGUGAUCCAAGAACAGCCUUCAUUAGAAAUAACAAAUUUUUUAAUGAUUACAUAAUCUUAUCUUAAACCAAUCAAGAUGAGUUAAGAAGCGGAGUCUCAAUAUUUUUUGUGUAUCGUCCAGAAGAUGAUCAAAUUUAUGCUCUCAAAAGAGUAUCAUAAAUUAAUUAUUUUUAGAGUAAAUUACAAGCAACUCAACUAGAUUUCUUUUCUGUUUUCUCCACUACUGCUUCAAAUACUCCAAUCACACCUGAUAUUAGAAAAAUUAGAGAAGCCAAAAUUUUAUCUAAAUUGACUCAUCCCAAUAUCCUUAGGUAUUUUUUAUCAAAUUAUUCUAAAGACUUUUUGCUUGGUGGAUAGAAUCAAAUAAUGAUGGAUAUUAUCUUUAUAUGCAACUUGAAUAUUGCUCUUUUCCUGGAUAUAAAUACCAACCUACAGAUUUGCUAACGUUUUCAUAUUAUUAUUUGAAUGUUAUGUAAAAUUAAGAAAAAAUCAAUAAAAUUAAAUCCAUUUUAAAUUAAAUUUUAGAUGGAUUAGAGUAUAUUCAUUAAAGAGGUAUUAUUCAUAGAGAUUUAAAACCUGAAAAUAUUUUUGUUACAAUUAAUAUCAAAGGAGAUUUAUAAGUAAUUAAAGUUUAAAAUUAACUGGCUAGGUUGCUUUGGCAGAUUUUGAUUAAGGAAAAGAUGUUAGAGAAGAAAAACUAUCAAUUAUUACUGAUGAAAGACUUCCUGAAGAAGAAUUAAAUUCUAUCAAAUCUUAAAAUACUAUAACAACUGGAACUAUUGGUUAUUAAACAGCUAAUUAUACUAAAGAUUCUCAUUAUGAAAUGGCAGAUGAGUUUUAUGCAAUUGGAAUCAUUUUGUUGCAUCUUGUUAUUGCUUUUCCAGGAGAACCAAAAAAUAGAAAUUUAUAUGCUAAGACAUUUGUGAUGGCUGAUUCAAUUAAAGAUAUUUUAUCCUUAUUCGAUUCUUGGGCUAAUAAGUUUGUUAAAAAUAAAAGUCCUGACUUUUCAUUUACACAUUAUCAAAAUGUUAUGGAUCUUGCCAAGCUUCUUAUAAGUUCCAGAAAGCUAACGCAUGCAGAUGUAAGAAAAAUGAUUAAUGAGUUAUGA